AUGCGAGGAUUCUUCGUUGGGGCGGCAUCUAUUACAACUUUUGCUACCAUGACAUUGUCCCUCUUCAAAAUCUUUCGUAGGCUGCAUGGUCAAGCUCCAGACGCUGAUUUCAAAUUUUCCUUGGGCGAAGAAGAGGACUGGAAACCUUACAAGAGCAUGAAGACGAUGUCAGUCACGUGGUUCUAUGGAAUUGCCGUCAUGUUUCCUCCCUUUGUGGGUUGGGGCUCAUUUUCGUCGGAGUCUGGUGGUACUAUUUGUAUCCCAAACUGGCGAGAUAACACCUCAGCUGGACACGCCUACUUGAUCAUACUCGUCAUUUUGGCCUUCGUGGCACCCUUGUACGUUUCCUUGGUCUGUUUCGCGAGGAUUUACCAGAAAUCAAGGAAACUCCCUAGUGAAAACCUGAGGACGACCAAGGAAAAAGCAUUGACAAGGAAAGCUGUCAAGAUGGUCGUACUCGGCAUAGUCAGCUUUUCCAUCAGUUGGACCCCUUAUUGUGUGUCUGCUAUGAUAUCAGUCAUAGGUGGCUCAGAAAUUUUUGACAGAGACCAGUCUUUCAUCCCUGGAAUAUUCGCCAAGGCCAGCCUCAUGUACAACCCGCUGCUCUGCAUGCUUGUCUGCAAACGGUGA